UAAAGUCUAAUUUUGUACUUCAGAGUUGGUAAAUUUAACUAUGGACCCCCGUACCAGUGCCCAGGACGUGAUGCGAUGUGACCUGUGCGAGACCGCUGUGGUACAGAUGCACUGUGAUACGUGUCUUGUCAACCUGUGUAAGGCCUGUGUGGGAGAACACAUGAUCUCUGAUCAAUCCAAAAAACAUGAAAUUGUCCCAUUUCAGCUUCGAAAAUCUACUCCCCUCUACCCUAUCUGCAAAUUACAUCACAAUCAGCAAUGUACAUUAUACUGUAAUCAAUGUGACAUUCCUGUUUGUACAAAAUGCAUUGCAUCUGAUCAACAUCUGAGUCAUAAGUUUUCAGAAAUAUUGCAGAUUGUGGACAAGAAAAAACACAAAAUCAUCGAGGAACAAACCGAAUUAAAUGAGACCAUUUUUCCAACUUACCAGGACAUUGCCUCUGAUGUACAAAACAGAAUGAGUCAGUUGGAAAAGGAAUAUGGAGAUCUCUCAACAGCCAUAACAAAACAUGGAGAGGACUGGCACAGAGAAAUUGACAAACUUGUCCAGAAACUUAAAACUGGAAUUGAUGAGAUGAAAAACACACAGUUACAAUCUCUACAGAAACAACUGGAUGAAAUAAACAAGACAAUGUCUGACAUCAAGGAUGAUAUCAAUUCAGUUGACAUGGUGUUAGACACUAAUGAUUUAUCAAUGUUAUUUAGUGUCACCUCUAAUGUGAAUAUUUACAGAAAUCUUCCACCAAAACUAGCACCAUCUCUACCGAAAUUCAAUACAGAAAAAAUCCAAGGAGAAAAACUCGAUAAACUGUUCGGAACCUUAUUAUCAAGUUCUUUAACUUCAGAUAAACAUGGAUAUAGCAUAAAGACAUCACAGAAAUCAGCAGAAGCUGGAUUCUCUCCUCCAGUCAAACAGAUGCUUGAUGAACCAGAAACUGUCACCAUUAUAGACACUGGGUAUAGAAAAUUUUUUUACCAUGUGGCCUGUCUGAGUGAUGAUGAUAUAUGGACAAGUGGAGAUGACAACAGAAUGAAACUCUACAGCAUCAAUCAGGGAUCACUUCUCAAGUCAAUCAGAACCAAGUCAGGGAACACACCAACUGACAUAGCAGUGACAAAAAGUGGAGACCUAGUUUAUACCGAUUACAAAGAUAGAACUGUGAACAUAGUGAAGGAGAAGAUAGAGGAGGUGAUCAGACUGCAGAACUGGAAACCUUGCGGUGUCUGUAGUACCUCCUCUGGUGACCUCCUCGUUACCAUGGAAAAUGAUGAUGGCAAAAAAACAAAAGUUGUCCGUUACACUGGCUUCACAGAGAAACAAACUAUCCAGUUUGAUGAUCAAAGUAAACCUCUCUAUUCAUCUGGUCGUUAUAGUAGAUACAUAACUGAGAACAGGAACCUGGAUAUCUGUGUGUCUGACUAUUUUGCUAAAGCAGUAGUGGUGGUCAAUCAGGCCGGGAAACUGAGAUUCAGAUACACUGGACAUACUCCUGGUCCAAACAACAAACCAUUUGAUCCACGAGGAAUCACCACAGACAGUCAGGGUCACAUCCUUACAGCUGAUUAUAACAAUGAAUGUGUCCACCUCAUAGACCAGGAUGGACAGUUUCUCCGUUACAUAGACUGUGGACUGAGUGAACCCUGGGGAUUGUGUACAGAUACAAAUGACAAUCUGUUUGUUACUCAACUAAUCAACAGAAAAGUGAAAAAAAUUAAUUACCAUUGUUGAUUCUAGGGCUAUGUAUUGAGUAAAUGAAAGCGAUAUGAUGUAAUCACUAUAAAAACAAUAUGUAGGACAUCAAUUCUAUUACAAAUAGAGUUUAUUAAAAAUCUCCUUGCACAGUUAACAAAUAUUUUAAUUACAA